AUGAAUUCUAUUUGUAGACAAGAGGUCUUUGGAACUGAGAAAAUAGAGAAGAAGGGAAGAAGAGCACUUAACAUUACUAAAACAACAAUGAAGAACAUAAAUGAAAAUAAAAAAGCUGAAAAGAAGACACCUGCUCAAUUUUCAGAUAAUUCUUUACAAAUCCAACCAGUUCAAAUUAUUAGAUCGUUUUCUGAAUCAAGUUAUCUACAAACACAAGCCCAACCUCAUCUACAUGAAUCAGUAGAAAAUCCAGAGCAAGCAAUCAUGAACUCAUCUAAUAAACCAGCAAGGUCAUCACGAGAAGCUCACAAGCGUAGAAAUAAAAGGCUUAAGUGGGAACAUGAACAUAGCAAACUUGAAGUAGAUGUGCCACCAAUAAUAAACCAACCUACCAAAUGUAAUAUAGUCUUUGAUCCAUUAAAGCAUCGAACCCAACAUGCAAGUUGGAUGUUGAGCACAUAUGAUAAGGUUCAUUAUCUUGAGAAUGAGUGGAAAAGUAUCCCCCUUUGUCCCUCAGACCAAAUAUCAUCCAAAGAAAUCAAGACCUCUCCACGUGAUUUAUUGAUUGAGACACUUAUUCAAGAAGCUCAAUCCACUAACAUGAAUCCUCUAGGAUCAUUUGAGAUACCUCCAGAUUUUUUAACAUUGGUUGAUAGUGAGAUCAUAACCCCUAAAAAUGAUAAUGAAAUUGAUCAACUACUGUCUGCUGAUACAAAUAAGCAUUUAUGGUUUGCUUUUGGUUGGUGGUUGGGUUUGGAUAAAGAUGGAAAGAUAAAUAGAAAGAAAACACGACGAUAUCUUAAAUCCAAAUGGUCAACACUUAAGCAUGCUUUGGACUUGCAGAAUAAUGAAGAUAUGAUGGCCAAAAUGGAUACUCAACCAAAAAAAAAUUUAAUUGAAUCUGCAAGAUUGCUAGUACUAGAUAAGUUGGUGAAAUUUCGUUAUAUUAUCAAGCCAGAAUGUAUUACAGAUCUGAAUGGCAGAACUUUAAUACACUUAGAGAAACUUGAUAAUCAAGAUGCUGUUAUGCAAGCAACAAAUGCAGUUAAUCACUAUUAUUUCCACACAUUAAACCAUCCCUCUCAUCGAAGCAUAGAUUUUUGGGAAAAAUUCAUUGAACAUUUUGGAGUAUACACAAGAUACAAUAUUCUCCCAUACACCAGUGGCCAUACUGCCAGUACUCAUAAUGCCAAUCACCAAGAAUGUGUUGAUAAUUUGCUCCAUGCUCUUGAGCCACUAUCUGCUAAUUAG